GUAGAAGCAAAGCAAGUGUUGUGUUGGAGAAGUUCCCCUCCUCUAACAUGCGCCUGAUUAUCUGUAGCUUAAGGUCUGGAGUCGCGGCAGUGCUGGGCAGUUGAGAGUGAGAGGGAGGACGAAGGUGUCAGCAUGGCCCAGAAAACUCACUUCUCCAUCAGGGAAUAUCGGCCAUCGGAUCGCUACGUCGUCACGUCUCUGUUUCGUGAAGGCGCUCGUGAAAAUGUUUACCCGUCAUUCUUCAAGGCCCUGGGCCACUCUGACCACAUUGGUAUCGCGCUAAGCCUUGCCGUGGCAGGAUACAUCCUCGGAGGAAGCUCUUACUUCCAGGCCCUCCUGUUCGGGAGCGCGUGGGCUGGCCUUAUCUACUACUGCUGCAGUGAGAUUCAUGAAAACUACACAGCACAGAGGAUGAGCUCAGACAUGACCAACAUCCCAGCGAGCUACCUGGACAAUCCUGACAACAACAUCUGGGUGGCGGAGGUCUGCGCCAAAGAUCGGGUCAAAGUUAUCGGAGUCGCAUCGCUGAUUGGCAGGCCAAGAGAUGGAAGCAGCGAGGCCUAUGAAGGCCAGAACGGCGGGGUAAAAGGUGACGCGGUCCGGGAAGGAAGUUACGGCGAGCUGUCACAAGUGAUUGUCGCUUUUCCCUUCCGCCGGCAAAGCAUCGGCUCUCAUCUGACUCAGAAGGCCAUGGAUUUCUGCAAAGAACGCGGUUUUGCCCGGAUUACUGUGGACGUUAGUUUGCCGCAGGCCGCUGCCGUUUCCAUGUUCCGGAAGUUGGGCUUCGUUCAGACGUCAUCGCACAUGGACACUCACCAUUUCCGCUGGUUCUCCAAGCUCGCCAGGAUAGAUGUGGUCAGAAUGGAGAAGUUUGUUUGACACGGUCAAGAAGAGGCAGCUUUGAAGCUAAUUUAUGGUACUAAACAGGAAGUGGCUGGUCAUGUGACACAUUCAUGUUUGAAAAAAAACAUU